GAUUAAAGAUAUGAAACAUAUAUAUAAAACAAACUGUGACUAGGCUGAAGCUUAUAAAAUAGAAUGAAAAGAUAUUAACACUAUCAUGGUCCCAAUUGUUAAAAGAUAUAAAUAUCUUAAUCAAAAGAUAUACUAAUGUACCACAUUCAUUACUCUUCUCCAUCGAGAUACACCCUUUAAUCUCAUUGUGUAACAAUGGAGAAACUUAUUACAAGUUGUUGGUCAAAUUUCCAAUCUGUCCCUGAGGACUACAUAUUCCCACCAGAAUCAAGACCAGGGAAUAUCAGAAUCCCAUUCAACAGUAGCAUCCCAGUGAUUGAUCUAAGUGAAGCACAGAAGGAUGAUAGAACCAAUAUAAUUCACAAAAUUAUCAAAGCUGCUCAAGAGUUUGGAUUCUUUCAGGUUAUAAAUCAUGGAGUCUCAGUGAAUCAAAUGAAAGAAACAAUGAAUGUUUUCAAGGAGGUAUUUCAGAUGCCUGAUGAGUAUAAGCAAAACUUGUUUUCUAAUGACCCUUCCAAGCCAUGUAAGAUGUUUACUAGCAGUAUCAACUAUGACACUGAAAAGGUUCAUCUAUGGCGAGACAAUCUUCGCCACCAUUGUUAUCCCUUGGAGAAGUGGCAACACUUAUGGCCUGAAAAUCCAACUACAUACAGAGAGUGUGUUGGAGAUUUCUCAACUGAAGUUAAGAAAUUGGGUUCAAGGAUCAUGAAUUUGAUUGGUGAAGGACUUGGUCUGAAGUAUGGAUAUUUUGAUAAUGAUCUUACUGGAUCAAUUCUUUUGUCAGUUAAUCAUUAUCCACCAUGUUCUGAACCAAGUUUGACACUGGGAAUUACCAAACACUCAGAUCCUAAUCUCAUCACCAUUUUACUACAAGAUGAUGUUUCUGGCCUUCAAGUAUUCAAGGAUGGAGAGUGGAUUGCUGUUGAGGCUAUUCCUCAUGCUUUUGUCAUUAAUGUAGGCUAUCAAUUGCAGAUAAUCAGCAAUGGUAAGCUAAAAAGUGCAGAGCACAGGGCUGUGACAAAUUCAGAUCAUGCUCGAACAACUGCUGCUUUUUUUGUAGCUCCUUCAGAUGAUUGUAAAGUAGAGCCAGCACAAGCUAUCACUGAUGAACAAAAUCCACCAAUAUUUAAGUCUUUCAAAUACAAGGAAUUCAACUCUCACUACUUUAACAAAUAUGCUGACACAGAUGUGGUGCUAAAAUCAUAUGAGGCACCAAAGAAUUAACUGUAUUUUGAAAGGAAAAAACAGUUGUAUUGAUGGUGUAAUGUUGGGACACUUCAAAUCUUUCUAAUUAUAAUUAAGGAUUUUUCUUCCAUGAAGAAAAAUAUCGUUGAUAAAAUAAAUGAAGUUUCCCUCUUUUGUCUUUUUGGUA